CAAAGACUAUGUAUGUUCUCUUGUGAAGGGAGUGGCCUUCAAGAUAACUUUGCAAAUAAAGAUGACAGUGACAUAUGUCGAAUGUUGUUGUAAGGGUUAGGUGAAGAAUUUCUCAUAGUGCAACAAUGGUUAGAUAAGAAGUUCUUAGGUUGAAUAUGUCAGUACAGGAUGGAUUACAUGUGUUGCUAGAAGUUGAAGAAUCCCAUAAUUUGUGUGAUCAUUUGAAGAGAGACGUAUUGUGAUAUCAAUGUAAAUACUACAUCAAAUUUUUUAGAUAAGAUGAAAAUAUAUUAGUGAUGUGUAUAAAACUGAUUAAUAGAAGAUUUUUCAAAAAAUAUUUCAAAAAGAAAUUCAUGUGAAUUUUAUCAGUUCUGUGUAAAAUGUACCAUACCUUAUUAAUAAAUAAAUUGGCUAUGAAUUUUUAAAACCAAUAUUCUGACAUGAAAUAUGAAAUAUACUCUGCUACAAUACAAAAAAGGAUUAUAAUUGAUAUUUCAAGUUUCUUAGUUGACUCCGGAAAGUGUUUGGGAAUUUAUUUGUUACAAAAGAGAAAUGAAUUGCCAAUUAAUUUUUUAUUCUAUUUGAAUUGACUCCCAAAGAGUACAUGAUCCAAUGAUCUUUGACAUUCGUUUGAGGAAAAUUCACUUUCUCCAUCAAGCUUUAGCAAUUACAAAGUUAUGGAAUGGAUCACAAAUGGGUCCACAGAUAAUAGCUCUGUUCUUUUACAAGACGCGGACGCAGCGGCUUGCGGCCAAAAACUGAGCAUCAAAAUAAACAAAAAAAUGGUGGAAAAUCAAUGAAGCUGACGCUGCGAUUAUUUUUGCGAAGGUUUCCGGUGUCGUUUGUGACGCUGUUAAAAGUAGCGGCAGUUAGAUAGUCGCUGCGAUUAUUUUUGAUAGGCAAAAGCACCGCCACCGGUGUUGCUCUCCAGAUGCGUGAACAAAAAAAAGGUUAUACAUUUGGCCGCAAACCGCUGACGCAGCGUCUUGUAAAAGAACAGAGCUAAUGCAACAAAACCGCGUCUUCAACAUCAGAAUCCAAACCCAUCCACUCUCUCUGCUUCCUUCUACUACUUCCAUUUCUUCACUACACUUCUUUUCAGUUUUAAAACAAAAUCCAGAUUCGGCCUCCUUCCUUUAUAUUCUCAAUUCUCAUUAUUAUAAUCACAAUAAUAAGUGAAUCUACAGUUCUCCAUCUGAGAUAUAACACUUGUUAAACCCACAACCCACCUUUGAAGUUUCCUGGAAGCUACACUUUUGAAGCUUUUGACAUUAUUAUUAAACGUCUACAUGCUUUUAUCUGCUGUUUAAGACACUAAUACACACCUAUAAAUAACUGCAAGCCAUUGUUAACAUUCCAACAUCAGAAUCCAAAGCAGACAAAACACUAAAACAGCAAACAUUUUAAGAAAAACCUUGUGUAGGUUUGCGUUUGCUCAUGUCUGGUCGUAGUAACAAUGCGCGAAAUGAUGGUCAAGGUGGUAUACCAUCUGCCUACAGAGGAGUUCGGAAGAGAAAAUGGGGCAAAUGGGUGUCUGAAAUCCGCGAACCGGGGACCACGAACCGUAUCUGGUUAGGAAGCUUCGAGACUCCUGAAAUGGCUGCAACCGCCUAUGACGUUGCAGCAUUCCAUUUCAGGGGACAAGGGGCUCGUCUCAACUUCCCCGAGCUCGUCAACAGCCUGCCACGUCCUGCAGACUCUAGCGCAGACAGCGUUCGCAUGGCAGCUCAUCAGGCAGCACUCUACCUCAGAACAGAGCCAGCAGAGUCAGCCAUGCAAGUGGACACCUCAAGCUCCUCCAACGUAGGUACAACGAUGGUGAGACUCUCGCCCAGAGAAAUUCAAGCGAUCAACGAGUCAACUUUGGGAUCUCCUACCAUGUUGAUGCAUUCAUCAUAUGAUGACCCAAUGGGGUUUGACAAUGAUGUGUGGGAUGCAUACCAGACUGACUCUCUUUGGGACCCCUAAUGCCAAAGU